AUGCAACAUGCAAGAUUCAAUCCUCCGACUAAGAAUGAUCCCAACCAACCUAGAGUAUCAGCUAAUCAUGCUAGUUUAACGAUUGGAUCAACUGGUGUUAACAAAAGAAUUGGAUCAACAAUUACUGUCAGUCGUAAAAACAAUCAUAGUAUAGAGAAAAAACAAGAACAACCUUUGCAACCAACAAUACAGGCAGAAGAAAAACCAAUACAAGUUAACUUAUGGUUUCAUGAAAUACGUACUACUCCUGAAGACAUAUUGAUAGAUUCUAAUGCAUUUCCUGGAGGACUUCAACCAGGUCAAAUUUUGGAGUUAACAAGUUUAGAACAACCUGUAAAACGACUAGUCUUUAAGAUAACUCAAAAGAAUAUAAGAGAACAGAAUGAUACUCCAGAAUUAAAACCACUGGAUAGAAAAUCCCAAUUAUCAUUAAUGUCAAAUCCAUUUCAAAAAUUACUAGAUUUAGCUCCUAGAAGUUUAGUCUCUAUAAAAAAAUUAAUCAAAUUAGAUUCAGUCGCAAUUGAUUCAAUGGAAAUAUUCAUAAAGGAUGUUAAUUUAUCCAGAGAUGCUAUGUGGCAAUUUAGCUCCUCUCUAGUGGGUGGUUGUUGUUAUACCGAACAACGAUUAUCAUACUUAAACAAUAGAAUAGGGAUUGUUAAAUAUAUGUAUAAAAAUGGUAAAAAGAUCUUCUCCGGAUAUAUUGAUAAAGAAACUAAGAUCAUAUAUAGGAGUGAAAGUGCUAAACUUACAGUGCUAAUUCAAUUAUCAAGAGAAAUGUGGAAUUUUGAAGAAAACGGAGAAAUUAUGUUUCAUAAAUUAGUUAACAACUUGUUUCCUAAAAUUUUUAGAAGAUGGAGAGAUAAAGGAACUCAUCAUUCAAUAACAAUUGUUUUAUUUACAAGUAUUGAUCUUACAGAUAUACCAUGGACUCAUUUGGUUCCCGGAGAACGACCGCCUCAAAGACGUGACUUUUUUAGGGUUGUAGUUGAUCAAGUUAAUAUUAUGCAUUGGGAUAGAAUAAUGGCGAAUUUAAGGUUAGAAUUUGCAAAUUUUAAAAGAGAUUGUAUGUUAAGUAAAGAUGAAGAUAUGACUUAUCUGAUGCCUGGUCAAACUUUACCUUCUAUUAAGGGUAAUAUAUUAGAAGCAGUUAAUGUUGGAUUAGUUUUAUUAAAUGAUAGAUUUCGAAAUACUGAUUUAAAACAUUCUUUAAGUCAUUUUAUGUUAAUUACACCAGGUACUGGAUUAUUUGAUGUUGAUUUCAAUUUAUUAUUAGAAACUAGUAGGAAAAUUUCAAGUAUUGAUACAAGUUUAGACAUUAUUUGUCUUAGUCAACCACCAUUACAUGUUACUCCAUUAUUUAGAUUCCUUAGAGAUGGAAAAGUAUGUCAUUGUGUACCUAUAUGGUGUGACGUUUCAUUUUACAAAGAUAGAUCUGACGAUAAUCAAUGGAUUCCAAGAUGCAAAAUCUAUGAAUUACAAAUGAUGGGAGUUAUGGAAAAUGAAGCGAGUGAUGCAAGAAUAUCCAGGUUACAUGUAAAUACUGAUUUAAAUGAAGUUAUGGAUAAAUAUGAUGAAUCUAUUUUUAAACCAAUACGACGAAGGGAAAAAAUUGAGUUUAAAAACCAAGAAGUGGAAGAAAUAGAAGAACCAAAAUUCAAAGCUCCAGCAAUUAAAGAUUCAAAAGCUACACUUUCAUUAAUUUUUAAUAAUCAAACUUCAUUAUUACCUGCAAAUAGUUCAACUACCACUCAAUCAGCUUCAGGUGUUGUUGCUCAUGCAACUGAAGCUUCAGCUUUAUCCAAAUUAUAUAAUAUUAACAAAUUUAGUGAAGAUAAAAUUUCAACUUCACCAACACCGUCAAUUGCUCCAUCUACAAGACUCAUUGAAAGUUAUAGAAAAGAUUCAGGAUCACCUAGAAUUAUAAAAGGGGAAACUUUAUUUACAAGAAAACAACCAGAUGAACGAAGAAAAAGUUCUGAAAAAUAUAGAGACAAAUUACCUUCAUUAACUGAACCUGUAAAAGAUUUACCGUAUAGUAAUUUUUGGAUUGAAAUUUGUAACCCCUCCAGAGAAAUUACAAAUAAUAUUUUACAAAAAGCUCCAAUUAGUAGAUGGAGUAAUCUAUUCCCAGUUAAAAUUCAAAGAAAAUUAAUUAAAUGGAGAUCAUUUCAAGCUCCUGCUUCUUUACCGACCGCAACAGGAGUUUUUCCAACUCAACAACAGUUACAAAAGGAUUAUACUUUCCAAAACUAUUCAGUUUAUCUCAAUAGUGAAAAUUAUUUAGAAUUGAAAAGUUCAGCUGAUUUAAUGAGAGAAAUGAUACAACUAAGAUUAAUGUUAGGUUUUCAAAUAUGUUAUGGUGAUAGAGUUUAUAAAGCAGAAUUAGAAAGAAAACCUUCAGGUAAUGCUGAUUCAAUUAUAAAAUAUUUUCCAAAAGAUUAUUUAGGUUCAAUUAUUUAUUUAUCAUUAGAUGAUGAAAUUCAUAGAAUUCAUUGUGAUUAUAAUGGUAAUUUGAAUGUUCAACUUUAUCGAAAAACAGAAGAAUCAGAAAAUGAUCCCAAAAAAAUAACAUUAGGUCAAAGAAAACCUCAACCUUAUUUCCCAUUAAUUAGAACAAGAUAUGCUGAUGAAUAUACUCCAGCUCAAGUUGAUGCUAUAGCUGCUCAACCACAAAAAUAUAAUUGGAAUCAAUUUGAUCAACUUUUAGCUGGAUUUGAUGAUGCAAUGCCAGAAGAUAAAAAAGAAUUUCAUAAAAUGAAAUUUGUUGUAAUGCCCGCGGAAAUACCCAAAAAUGCUUAUUAUUUAAGCAAUGAACAUUUAAAUGCAGAAGAAAUUAGAGUUGAAGGCUUAAGAAAAUUAAUAGCAGUUAUUGAAAAAGGAAAAUCAAAGAGCCUAAAGACAUCAAAUGAAAGAUAUUCUGAUGUUAUAUUUUAUACUGGAAAUUUAUAUGAUUUUUUAACUCAAGAAGCUGAAAAUUUUGAUAUUACUGGUAAUCAACCUACUUUAAUGAUACCUGAAAAUUUGAGAUUUAAUAAAAAUAUAAAAUUACAAGAAUUAGCUAUUGAAUUACAAAAUACAGAAACUGGUUUAAAUUUAACUGAUAGAACUUGGCAUUUUAAAAUUCAUUUACAAUGUUUUAUUGGAACUGAAUUAGUUACUUGGUUAGUUGAUUGUUUUGAAGAUAUAGAUACAAGAGAAGAAGCAACAAUUUAUGGUCAAAGUUUAAUGAAUAAAGGAUUAUUUAAACAUGUUGAACUGAGACAUGGUUUCAUUGAUGGUUAUUAUUUUUAUGAAUUUGAAGAAGAAUAUUUUGAAAAAAUUGAUAAACCAAAUAAAAAUUCUUGGUUUAAAAAAGAUGGAUCAAUAACUCCUAAAAGUAAUACAUCCCCCAAGAUUCAACCUGGUUUAGAAAAUGGAUUAAGUAAAAUUACAUCAUCUCAAAAUUUAAGUACAAUAUCUGAAUCAUCAUCUGUUGAGAGAAAAAGAAAAAAAUUUAUAUUAUCAAGAUCAAUUAAAUUUGAUGUUGAUCCAUUAAAAAAAUCUUAUAGACCUGAAUUAAUAACUGUUCAUUUUGAUAGAGUUCAUAAUCCUGAACAUUGUUAUCAUAUUAGAAUUCAAUGGCUUAAUACUACUAAUAAAUUUGUUGAAGAUACUAUAACUGCAUGGUCAAGAUUAUGUCAAAGACAUGGUUUAAAAUUAGUUGAAACUCCAUGGAAAGAAUUAUGUGCAAUACCAAAAUUAAGUCCUUUCCAUUCAUUUGUUGAAGUUAAAUUAAAUUUAAAUCCAUGGUAUGAUGAAGAAUUUAAUGAUUCCAAGAUUUUAAAUUCAAAUAAAUAUUAUUAUCAUCUAUAUUUUUUAAAAAAAUUGAAUUUUUUAUUAGAUAAUAGAGCAACAUCAUUCUUUCUGAAAGAUAAUAUUGAUAUUACUUAUAGUUGGGGCAAACCUUCUUUUCAAUAUGCUCAAUUUAUUCAUAAAACUGGAUUUUAUAUAGUUGAAUUAAGAGAUAAUGGAGAUUUUUUUUUAGCUCCAAAUAAUAUGCAUGUUACAAGAAUUAAUUCAUCAAUUUCACCAAUUGGAGGAGGCGGUGGAGGAGAUUAUGAAUCAAAUACAAGAGCAUUACAUUUAGAUUCUCAAAAAAUUAUGCUUAAUUUUAGAGCUGCUUGUCAAAAUGAAGAAUUUUUAAUAGAAGUAUUUAGAGAUGCAAAAUAUUCAUGGAAAGAAAAAUUUAUUUCACAAAUAAAUUAG